AUGGAGGCAGCUGUUAUGACGGGAAGAACAGUUACACCUGUGUCUGUCCUCCGAGAUACGUGGGUGUCAACUGUGAGAUGGUUGCACUUUGCUUCUUGUCCUAUGUUAGAUACACACCCGUGUGCCUUACAGCCGUGUAAAAAUGGCGGAGAGUGUAUUGCAAUCGGGGAUGAUUAUGAAUGCAGGUGUCUACGCGGUUACGAAGGACCUCAUUGCGAAAUCGAUACAGACGAAUGUCUGUCCAACCCGUGCCAGAAUGGAGGCACGUGCAGUGAUGAGAUUGGAUACUAUUCUUGUCAAUGUGUACAGGGCUAUGAGGGAAUAAACUGUGAAAUAGAUAUCGAUGAUUGCUCUCCAAAUCCCUGUGUUCACGCCGUCAGAUGCACGGAUCUGGUCGGAACCUUUGCCUGUGAAUGUCUACCAGGUUACACGGGGAGAUAUUGCGAAAUAGUUUUUGAAGUAUGUGAAGACAAUCUUUGUCGUAAUGGCGCCACGUGCACUGAUGACGUGGACGGAUAUCGCUGUAUCUGUCCUCCUGGGUAUACUGGACGCUACUGUGGUGAAGAUAUUGACGAAUGCGCCACUUCCCCGUGUCAAAACGAGGCAACUUGCACGGACUUAGUCAACGGCUAUAGCUGCUCUUGUGUAGACGGCUACACGGGGAAAGACUGCGAACAAGAAAUAGACGAAUGUGCGUCCAACCCAUGCGUCUACGCUGUAAGGUGCAACGAUCUACGUGAUGGCUACGAGUGCGACUGCUUUCCCGGCUACACGGGAAUUAAUUGUGAAACAGAGAUCGAGGAGUGCAGUUCUGCUCCCUGCCAGAACAGUGGAACAUGUGUAGAGGAGAUAGGAAGAUACAGGUGUCUCUGUACACCUGGCUUCACGGGGAUAAACUGUGAACAAGACGUGGACGAAUGUGCAUCCUCUCCUUGUCACGAUGGCGCAUGCGUAGAUCAGGUCAACGGCUAUCUGUGUAUCUGUCCGCCAGGAAUAACAGGGACCAACUGUGAGAAUGAUAUAGACGAGUGUGAGGAGAACCCGUGUGAACAUGGCGGAGCCUGUAUCAAUACCAUAGGUAGCUACAGAUGUCAGUGCCCCUUGGGAUACGGCGGAGUUCACUGUGAAAUAGAUGUUGACGAGUGUGCCAGUGCGCCCUGUCUGCACGGCUCAACCUGCGUGGACGGUGUGGGCAGAUACCAGUGUGUCUGUACUCCGGGAUACACGGGGGUACACUGUCAACAAGAUAUAAACGAGUGUGCCUCUCAACCGUGUCAAAAUGAUGGCACCUGUCAUGAUAGGGUCAAUGGCUACUUGUGCACAUGCCCGGAUGGGUACACGGGAGUUAACUGUGAAGAGGAAGUAGACGAAUGUCUCUCCCAGCCGUGUAGAAAUGGCGGCACGUGUGUUGACCAGGUCAAUGGUUACCGGUGUUUGUGUCAGCGAGGGUUUGCUGGCCCUGACUGCGGCAUAGAUAUUGAUGAAUGCGCGUCUGCUCCUUGUCAGCAUGGAGGCUCGUGUGUGGACGAGGUUGGACAGUACAGAUGUAUUUGUCCACCAGGAAUUAUAGGCCCCAAUUGUGAACAAGAUGUGAACGAGUGUGCAUCAGACCCCUGCAUUAACGGCGGUAUCUGCACUAAUCUACAGAAUAUGUUCCAGUGCGCAUGCCCGCCGGGUUUUACCGGAACACGAUGCCAAAUAGAUAUUGAUGAGUGCUCGUCUUUACCCUGUGAAAAUGGCGGUCAGUGCGAGGACGGGGUCAAUGAGUACAAAUGUCAAUGUCCACGUGGUUACGCUGGUAUAAACUGUGAACAAGAGGUCGUUGAGUGCGACUCGAAUCCUUGUCAGAACGGGGGCCGCUGUGUGGAUGGCAUUGACGAGUACCAGUGUGUCUGCCUCCCAGGCUUUACGGGCAGCAACUGCCAGAUAAAUGUGGACGAGUGUCAGUCGGAGCCCUGUCAAGAGGGAGGCUCAUGCGUGGACCAGGUCAACGGGUAUAACUGCAUUUGUCCAUCAGGAUAUGGAGGCAUCCACUGCGAGAUAGUGACUGAUGAGUGCCUGUCUCAACCAUGUCAGAACGGUGGUACAUGUGUGGAUGGGGACGGACAGUACACAUGCCUCUGUGUAGAGGGUUACAUUGGCGUCAACUGCCAACUAGAGCGUGACGAGUGUGACACCAGACCUUGCCAGAAUGGCGGGCGGUGCGUAGAUGCCUUCAAUGCCUACACCUGCGUCUGUCUCCCUGGUUACGUCGGAUUGAACUGUCAAACAGAAAUUAACGAGUGUGAGUCAGAGCCGUGCCAACAUGGCGGCAGGUGCGUGGAUGAGGUCAACCGGUACAGGUGCCAGUGUCGUCAGGGUUAUAUUGGCAGGCAGUGUCAGACAGAGCUAAACGAAUGCUUGUCCUCUCCGUGUCAAAAUGGCGGCACGUGUAACGAUGAGGUUAACGGCUACACGUGCAACUGUAUUCCGGGGUAUGAAGGCGUUAACUGCCAGAUAGAUCGUGACGAGUGCGCCUCGGAGCCGUGUCAGAACGGCGGCGUAUGUGAAGAUGACAUAAAUGGAUACACGUGUCGCUGUCUUGGUGGCUACACAGGUGUGAAUUGUCAGAUAGGAGUAAACGAAUGUGCCUCGCUUCCGUGUCAGAAUGGCGGGGAGUGUGUGGACGGCGUGAACAGAUACACGUGUAUUUGUCCAGCAGGUUAUGCUGGCAGGGACUGUCAAGUUGAUAUAAAUGAAUGUCAGUCAGCGCCGUGCCAGAACGGGGCCAGGUGUUUAAAUGAAAUCAACAAGUACACGUGUCUGUGUCCGCCAGGGUACGUUGGUGUCAACUGCCAAUCAGAAAUCAACGAGUGCGACUCGUCACCUUGUCAAAAUGGCGGCAGGUGCACUGACGGUGUCAACAGGUAUGACUGCACGUGUCGCGCCGGGUACUCGGGGGUCAACUGUCAGAAAGAAACAGACGAGUGUGCCUCCAAUCCCUGUCAGAAUGAUGCCCGGUGUGUGGAUGGGUUAAACAGAUACCAGUGUUUAUGUGUACCGGGAUAUACUGGUGUCAGGUGUGAGACAGAUAUAAACGACUGUGACCCGUCCCCGUGUGUCAACGGCGGGAACUGCACGGACUUGGUGAACGGAUACAGCUGUUUGUGCCGGGAAGGCUUCACGGGAAGACGCUGUCAGAUUGAUAUCAAUGAGUGUGCGUCGGCGCCAUGUUUGAAUGGCGGAGUCUGUCGAGACCAGGUGAACGGCUACACGUGCUUCUGUCCAGCCGGCUUCACGGGGCUCAAGUGUGAAACCAAUAUUGAUGAGUGUGCAUCCAAUCCUUGCCAGAAUGGUGCCACCUGUAAGGACGGCAUCGCGUUCUACACCUGCACGUGUGCUCUAGGAUUUACCGGCGUCCAUUGUGAAACGGAUAUCAACGAGUGUGCCUCAGACCCCUGCCUCAACGGUGCCACGUGCCUGGAUCUCAUUGGAAAGUACCAGUGCGCAUGCGUCUUGGGAUACACUGGAAUAAAUUGUGAAACGGAUAUAAAUGAAUGCGCAUCUAACCCUUGUCAGCAUGACGGGACGUGUUUUGACGAGAUCGGUUACUACACCUGUACCUGCGUCCCUGGAUACACAGGGCUCAGCUGUGAGACAGACAUCAAUGAAUGCGAAUCAGCUCCGUGUCAAAAUGGGGGCACGUGCAAUGACCUGGUCAACAUGUACACGUGCGAUUGUCCACCCAUGGUCACUGGAAUUAACUGCGAGAUAGUGUGGGUAGAAGUGCCCAUAUGCCCCGCACCCAACGGCACGUUCCGGCACCCACUUCGCUGCAACGAGUUCUACACUUGCGCAGUAGAUUUCGUAGUUCUCCAUGACAACCCUUGUCCACAUGGAAUGCACUACGACAACGUGACUGGCAGGUGCGCGUCACCAGAGGCGGUGCUCUGUGACGUCAUGGCAAUGCACGUCCGACAGGUUAUGAGGAAUCGAACAGAGCCGCCGCCGUGCGAGGUAAAAGGAAACCCCAACAACUGUGGUGGUUACCUGGUGGCGUGCUAUGACGAGGUGAACGACACCAUGAUAGACGUGGAAUACGUUUGUCCUGUGGGGUUGUUGUUCAAUGAGAACACCAGCAAGUGUGAAGAAGAUACUACUAUACGCUGUAAAAACAGGACCAUACACAAGAAUCCAAUAUGCCGCGCUCCUAAUGGUAACUGGGAGGAGCCGUUGAACUGCAGAGACUUUGUCACGUGUGAAGAUUACCAAGUUUACAGGAACAGACCGUGUGCCAGAGGUCUUAUGUAUGUGGAGUCCAAAAACUGGUGUGACUGGCCGUGGAACGUCAAGUGUCAUAAUCGGCCCAUACUGCCGCUGCCACCGGUGGAGAAGCCAAAGCCCAAACCCAAGCCAGGGUGCCCUUAUGACAUGAGCGACCCUCCAGCACCGCCCAGCACAGGGCUAGAUGGUUACCCUGUGUGUCCGGGCUCGGAAGGAAUCUACAAACAUCCCGUUGCCUGCAAUCAGUACAUGACCUGUGUCGGUUUCGAGGUUGUCCAGAUUCAUGAGUGCCCGGGACGAACACAGCUCUAUGAUUGGCUGACAAAGCAGUGUACUGACGAGCCAGUCUGCUGUACCUACGAAUCGGAAGCGCUUGUACCUGAACCUGAUGAGCCCCUGUGCAGGGUUUUGCCGGAUAACAGUAACUGCGGUGGCUACAGGGUCAUCUGUCCUGAGGGGGUGGUGGUCAACUUUGACUGCCCAGGGGACCUCAAGUUCAGGGCCGGGAAGAAAAUAUGUGACCUCCCUCAGAAUGUUGACUGUGGUCGUAGGCUUGACCAUGGCAAACUGUGCCAGAAACCCAGUGGAAAUUUUCCGGAGCCCGGCGACUGCAGCACCUUCCUCUCUUGCGAUGGGUAUAUGAUCCAAAGAGGGCGCCUGUGUCCUCCGGGACUUCUCUUCAAUCCUAAAGCUGGAGCCUGUGACUGGCCUGAUAAAGUGGACUGUCCGUACAGAUAAAUAUAUUACAUCAGCGCACCCGGGCGGAUCCAGGAGUUUUUUCUUUUUGAGAUUGAGGACACAAGUAACAAACUAUUUGCCUCGCUUAGCAGAUAUAAAACAACAGACGAGGCAAAUAUGUUGUUAUAGGAAGGGCACACUGGUCGAAAGACAGCUUUCUUUUUGGGGGGUGGGGGGAAAGGAAUGGCUUAAACGCUCUAGGGUCACGUGACCAAGAUGUGGCCUUCCCUGGAUCCGCCACUACGGUCAUAUUAAAUGUGGAUGAAUUUUAAUUUUUGUUUUAAAACUUUGAUUUACUGCUGUUGUUCACUUUGUAAAAAAAUAUUGUUGAUGCCGAUGAACUCAUCGGUCGCUCAUCCAUUUUAAAACAUAUUUUGUCUCUGUAAAUCUUCAUUUUAUGAAAAGUACUAUUAUAUGAGGCGAAGUCUGCUCUUUUAUUUUUGUCAGGAAAAUCAAAUCGUACAAACAUUGCUGUACUGCUGCAAUACAGGCUUCCACAUGCAAGCAUCGAAGGAUCUCUAAUAAUAUGUCACAUCUUUAACAGAAAAACAAAGUAACUAAGAUUUAGUGAAAAGCAUACAUAAUUGUAUAUUCAAAUUAGGAUCUGUGGCAAAUGCCAAAUUGCUUACAAACAUUCCAUUUACAGAAAUUGGUUCCUAUAUUGGGUUUCAAAAUAAAUGGUUAUAUUUUAUCAA